AUGUCUGGACUUGAGCCCCAACCUGGGAGGGUGUUAUUCAACAUCAUUUCAAGACAGACCGGUGACUUUUCCGACUUGACAAUUCUUUGUGGAGAGACCCGCAUAGAGGUCCACCAAAUGAUAGUUUGUUCACAGUCCAAAGUGCUCAACACCAUGUGCACUAUAGGAUUCAAGGAAACCUUUAGCGGAGAAAUUUCGAUGCAAGAAGAUUGUCCCAUCUUUGUCGAAAAAAUGGUGGACUUCUUCUACACGAAUGAUUAUCAGCUGGACCCAUCUGAUGCGGAGAAUUUGGACGACAGUUUCUCUGCUUCGUCUUUACAGAUACAUGCCAGAAUGUUUGCACUUGCCGACAAAUACGACAUUGGAGAACUAUGCACCCUGGCAAGCUCAAAGUACUCCUGGGAACUUAUGGACUCGAACAGUCUCGUCGAAUUUUUCGAUUCGAUUCACGACGUGUACUCGUUGACUCCGCCUUCCAAGCGGGACCUUCGGGACCAGGUUAUUUAG